AUGGCUACUAACAUCACAUUCCACCCAGGUAACGUCACGUACAAAGAGCGCAGCUCUCUUCUCAACCAGACUGGUGUUACGGUCUGGCUGACUGGCCUUUCUGCCUCUGGCAAGUCUACCAUUGCGACCGCUUUGGAACAGCACUUGCUUCACCUCAAGAAGUCGGCCUACCGUCUUGAUGGUGACAACAUCCGCUUUGGCCUCAACAAAGACCUCGGUUUCUCCCCCAAGGAUCGUGAAGAAAAUAUUCGUCGCAUUUCUGAGGUUGCUCUGCUUUUUGCCGAUUCAACGUCGAUCGCGAUUACGUCGUUCAUCUCGCCCUACAAAGCGGAUCGCAACUUUGCCCGUCAGCUUCAUGCGCAGCACAACCCGCCUCUCCCAUUUGUCGAGGUCUUUGUUGAUGCAAGCAUUACGAAGUGUGAAGAGCGUGAUCCAAAGGGUCUGUACAAGAAGGCCAAGAAUGGCGAAAUUAAAGAAUUCACUGGUAUUUCGGCUCCUUACGAGGCUCCUGAUGAGCCAGAAAUUCACAUUGAUGCUGACAACUGGACGGUUGAGCAAAGUGUGAAGCACAUUGUUGAGUACCUGGAUCAGAAGGGUUACAUUUAA